GUUCGUCAGCGCUUCCGGUGUGGCUGAUGAUGUUCGGUUGGUUCUCCUCAGCACUCAUGACUGUUGCUUUGUGCUGUUCUCAUGCUUAUGGACUGUGUUUUUACCAGCAAAUACGUUUAGGAAAUCAGCAGGUCACAGAUGAGAGUUUUCUUUGAGGGUCUACUUGUUGCCAAAUCUUGUUGAGGGUUCUGUGCUGGUUAAUGCAUAGAGGAAAAAGGGUGAAGCUUGAAGACGAAACUGAAGGUAGUUGGAAAAGUUUUGCAGCUGUCAGAAUGACCGCAGUAGAUGACAUCUCAGACAGCACGGAGGUUGUGGAAAUGGACGACGUCCCUUCUCAGUUUUUCGUGGAGAAGCACUCAUGGGAUGGCUUGCGUGACAUCAUUCACGGCAGCCGGAAGUACUCGGGAAUGAUCAUUAACAAGGCGCCCCAUGACUUCCAGUUCGUUCAGAAGCAUGACGAGUCCGGCCCUCACUCGCACCGGCUCUACUACCUUGGAAUGCCAUAUGGGAGCAGAGAAAACUCAUUAUUGUACUCUGAAAUCCCAAAGAAAAUACGGAAAGAAGCCCUCCUGGUGUUAUCAUGGAAACAGAUGUUAGAUCACUUCCAGGCGACUCCGCAUCAUGGUGUAUAUUCCCGUGAGGAGGAGCUUCUCCGUGAGAGGAAGCGUCUGGGGGUCUUUGGCAUCACGUCCUACGACUAUCACACACAAAGCGGCCUUUUCCUCUUCCAAGCAAGCAACAGCCUUUUCUAUUGCCGUGAUGGCGGCCAUAACGGCUUCAUUGGUGCCCCAAUGAAGCCAGUGGAAAUUAAGACUCAGUGCUCAGGGAUUCGCAUGGACCCCAAGAUCUCGCCUGGUGAUCCCAGUUUCAUUGCCUUCAUAAAUAACAACGACCUGUGGGUGACGAAUAUCGAAACUGGAGAGGAGCGACGACUUACUUUCUGUCAUAAAGGAUUGAAUAACGUCAAGGAAGACCCGAAGUCUGCUGGUGUCGCAACCUUUGUGAUCCAGGAGGAGUUUGACCGCUUCACAGGAUACUGGUGGUCUCCAGCUGCUCCUGAAGACGCAGAUGGAGGCAGAACGCUCCAGCUGCUGUAUGAGGAGGUUGACGAGUCAGAAGUAGAGAUUAUUCAUGUGUCCUCACCAGCUUUGGAGGAGCGGAAGGCAGAUGUGUACAGAUAUCCUCGCACCGGAAGUAAGAACCCUCAAAUUAGCCUGAAACUAGCAGAGAUUCAGACCGACCAACAUGGCAAGAUUAUUAGCGCACAAAACAAAGAGCUUGUUCUCCCGUUUACCACGCUCUUUCCUGGGGUUGAGUACAUCGCAAGAGCUGGAUGGACAAGAGACGGCAAAUUUGCUUGGGCGGUGUUGCUAGACCGCAGUCAACAGAAGCUGCAGUUAGUGCUGUUGCCGCCUGCACUCUUCAUAGCCGCGAGCGUGGAUGAUCCGCAGUGGGAGGAGCAUGUGGAAGCCAUGCCUGAGGGAGUCCAGCCCUUCAUCGUCUACGAGGAGCUCACCGACAUCUGGAUCAAUGUCCAUGAUAUCUUCUAUCCCUUCAUUCAAACAACUAAUGACAAGAUCACCUUCCUGUGGGUGAACGAAUCACAAACGGGCUUCUGCCAUUUGUACAGAAUAACCAGCCUCUUACAGCCGGGCUGCCAGCAGUGGACCAGAGAAUACAGUCCUGCAGACGAUGAUUUCAAAUGCCCGAUAGAGGAGGAGGUGACUUUAACGAGUGGAGAGUGGGAAGUCUUGGCCAGACACGGCUCAAAGAUCUGGGUCAACGAAGAAACCAAACUGGUGUAUUUCCAGGGAACGAAAGAUACUCCACUUGAGCACCAUCUGUAUGUUGUGAGCUACGAAUCUCCUGGAGAAACUGUUAGACUUACUAAGCCGGGUUUCUCUCACAGCUGCUCAGUUAGCCAGGUGUGUGUGUGUGUGUGUGCAUGCGAGACACUGUUAAAGGAGACGUCGGAUGUGCAGUUAGUGAAUAACUCUUACAAGGGUGUGAAGUAUCUGCGUCUGAACACGUUGGCGUCUCUGGGUUAUGCUGUGGUGGUCAUUGACGGAAGAGGGUCAUGCCAAAGAGGCCUCAAGUUUGAAGGGGCCCUUAAAAACAAAAUGGGGCAGGUGGAGAUUGAAGAUCAGGUGGAGGGACUUCAGUAUGUAGCAGAGAAUUACAAGUUCAUAGACAUGAGUCGAGUUGCCAUCCAUGGUUGGUCUUAUGGUGGAUUCCUGUCUCUCAUGGGCCUCAUUCACAGGCCAAACAUCUUCAAGGUGGCCAUAGCAGGAGCUCCUGUGACGGUGUGGAUGGCAUACGAUACGGGCUACACCGAACGCUACAUGGACGUGCCUGAAAAUAACCAGCACGGGCAUGAGGCGGAUUCUGCAAGGGGUUCCCAAGCUUUCGCAUGCCAAUGUAUGUAA